AUGCAACAUUCAUGUUCACAUACAUGCCAACAUGUUGAUGAAACCAAUGUUGGUCAAUGGAAUUUAUAUACAAAAAUUGAUAAAUAUAAUUUACAAAGUUAUAAUGAAAAACAUGAUGAUUCAGUUUUUCUUGUUAAACCAACUGAUGCAGAGUAUUUGAAUGAUCAAGAACAAAUAAUUAUUCAACUGACAGGUAUUGUUGAUGUUCAACGACGUAAAAAUGCAACAGUUAUAUUUUAUCUGCCAGCAAAUUAUAAUUUUCUUUAUAUUACAAUAUUUGCCACAAUUGGUUUAUUUCUGUUAAUUUAUUUUGUUGCUUUUCGUAUUAUGUGUAAACAUUCAGAUAUUUAUGAUCAUUUAGCUCUGGAACAUUUAUUAUUAUUGGAAGCAAGAACUGAACGAGAAAUUGCAGAACGAGGUAAUAAUGAACAACGUUACCAGACAUCUGAGAGAGAAGAGAAUGUGAAAUCUACUAGUGGAGAUGAAUAUGAACGUUCAAGAAGUACUAUUGAAGUUAUUGAAACAUUAAAUGUAAGUUACAAAAAAUGGUUGAUGCAGGAUUUUAUAUGGAAUGUGUUCAUAUAAGAUGUAAUUAAAAUAAAAGAUAGAUAGAUGAUUGAAAAGUAUUUCCAUAAAUAGUUCGUUUUUUUGUUCUGAAUUGAAAAGUUCGAUAACUAAUGAAAAUCUAUUACAGAUGACAGUAAAUAUUAGUGAGACUGUGCUGAUGAUGAUUAUUUUUCAAACUUUCGAUACAUCUUGACAUUAUUCAGAAAAGAGAGUUAUCGUUAGUUAGAAAUUCAAUCUAUCAAUGUCUUGCCUUGGCCAGAAGACUUUGAGAGACAAUGUUUUUUGGGAAACUUUCAAGCAUUCAUGUUAAACAAACACGGUUGUGAAUUAUCUUGCUCGAAGAGAUACGGUGAUUUACGCGGCCGAGUAAGAUGAUUGUAUGUCUCUGUGAUGUAUACAAAGAAAUGCGACGAUUUAUGAAAAAAAAAACGUUUCCUUUCUGUCUUCGUAGAUGAUUUUCGUUAGUUUCACAUUAUUCCAUCAUGGUCACGAAAAUAUACGAUGUUAAUAUUAAGUUAUGGAAACCGACAAAAUACGGUUGUUUACCGACAUAUACAGGCUCCAUAUGUUUCGGUCAGAAUAUACGUUAGAAUCACUAGUUCAUUUUCGUGACAUCAAAUAAAGACAUAAAAUAUUCGAAAAGCAAGGAUCACCAGGAAACUGAUAAAACUGCCGGCCCUAUGGCAUUUCGCCACCGCUUUACAACAAUUCACUGAUCACUAAUUUAGAAAACACUUUCAGUGAGCAAUGAUUUCGUUUUGCUCACUCGAUUACUAGAGAGUAAUUGAACACACAGAAUGAAAAAGAUCAUAGAAAAUUUCUCUUAAAAAAUACAAUCUGCAAAACAUUUAUAUGUUUUAGUACGAUUAAAGUCUAAUGUGAUUGUUUUUCAGACUGAAUUCCGUCUUCUACAACUCAAAUGAACUCGAAAUUCUAGAGAU